GUCUCUCUCUCUCUCUCUAGGUCUGUGGGGCUUGGUGAAUAAUGCAGGAGUAUGUGUUAACUUUGGGGAUGCAGAGUUGUCUCUGAUGUCUAACUACCGUGGCUGUAUGGAGGUGAACUUCUUUGGGACUCUGAACGUCACCAAGACAUUCCUGCCUCUGCUGCGCCAGGCCAAGGGACGCAUCGUCACAAUCUCCAGCCCUGCAGGAGAGCAGCCAUUCCCCUGUCUAGCAGCGUACGGAGCCUCCAAGGCAGCUCUCAACCUGUUCAUCAACACACUGCGCCACGAAAUGGAACCCUGGGGGGUCAAAGUGUCCACCAUACUGCCAUCCUCAUACAAGACAGGUCAGUCCGGUAACCAGGAUUACUGGGAGAGUCAGUACAAGAGCCUGAUCCACAACCUGUCCGCAGGCCUCCUGGAGGAGUACGGGGAAGACUACACACACGAGACCAAGGAGCUCUUCCAACAUUUCGCCCAGUCGGCUAACGAGGACCUGUCACCAGUCAUCAACACCAUCAGCGAGGCGCUGCUCUCCCCCCGGCCCCUGGUCCGAUACUACGCUGGGCCCGGCGUGGGCCUCAUGUACUUCGUUUAUAGUUAUUUCCCUCUGAGUCUCUCAGACAAGUUCCUCCAGAGACUAUUUGUCCAGAAGAAGAUCAUCCCACGAGCGCUGAGGAAAGAGAACAACAACAACAACAACAACAACAACAACAACAACAACAACAACGUGGAGAAGAUAAAGAAGUAAAACAAUGAAAUGUGUGUUUGUUUUUAAGGUAAAAAGUGGAAGCUGUAGGACCCACUUACGUCAGGUAAAACACUCUCAUCGUGUUGUUGGCUAUUUUUGUUUGAAUAUUGUGGUUUUUGCGUUGGUGUUCACAUUGAAGGGCUCAUUAUAUUGGUGUUCAUAUUGAAGGGCUCAUUGUAUUGGUGUUCAUAUUGAUCAUUAUAUUGGGGUUCAUAUUGAAGGGCUCAUUAUAUUGGUGUUCACAUUGAAGGGCUCAUUAUAUUGGUGUUCAUAUUGAAGGGCUCAUUGUAUUGGUGUUCAUAUUGAUCAUUAUAUUGGGGUUCAUAUUGAAGGGCUCAUUAUAUUGGUGUUCACAUUGAAGGGCUCAUUAUAUUGGUGUUCACAUUGAAGGGCUCAUUGUAUUGGUGUUCACAUUGAAGGGCUCAUUAUAUUGGUGUUCAUAUUGAUCAUUAUAUUGGUGUUCAUAUUGAAGGGCUCAUUAUAUUGGUGUUCAUAUUGAAGGGCUCAUUGUAUUGGUGUUCACAUUGAAGGGCUCAUUAUAUUGGUGUUCAUAUUGACGGGCUCAUUAUAUUGGUGUUCAUAUUGAAGGGCUCAUUAUAUUGGUGUUCACAUUGAAGGGCUCAUUGUAUUGGUGUUCACAUUGAAGGGCUCAUUAUAUUGGUGUUCAUAUUGACGGGCUCAUUAUAUUGGUGUUCAUAUUGACGGGCUCAUUAUAUUGGUGUUCAUAUUGAAGGGCUCAUUAUAUUGGUGUUCACAUUGAAGGGCUCAUUAUAUUGGUGUUCAUAUUGACGGGCUCAUUAUAUUGGGGUUCACAUUGAAGGGCUCAUUAUAUUGGUGUUCACAUUGAUCAUUAUAUUGGUGUUCAUAUUGAAGGGCUCAUUAUAUUGGUGUUCAUAUUGAAGGGCUCAUUAUAUUGGUGUUCAUAUUGAAGGGCUCAUUGUUAGCACCUUAAUAUGCUGUAUGGUUUUGCUGGCACCAACACGAUGGCACCAACAUGAUGGCACCAUCAGCACCAACACGGCUGGCACCAACACUGCUGGCACUAACACGAUGGCACCAACACGAUGGCACCAACACGGCUGGCACCAACACGUCUGGCACCAACACGGCUGGCACCAACACGAUGGCACCAACACGAUGGCACCAACACGUCUGGCACCAACACGUCUGGCACCAACACGGCUAGCACCAACACGUCUGGCACCAACACGGCUGGCACCAACACGAUGGCACCAACAAGUCUGGCACCAACACGUCUGGCACCAACACGGCUGGCACCAUCAGCACCAAAACGAUGGCACCAAUACGGCUGGCACCAAUACGGCUGGCACCAUCAGCACCAACACGGCUGGCACCAACACGGCUGGCACCAACACGGCUGGCACCAUCAGCACCAACACGAUGGCACCAAUACGGCUGGCACCAACACGGCUGGCACCAACACGGCUGGCACCAUCAGCACCAACACGAUGGCACCAACACGGCUGGCACCAACAGCACCAACACGAUGGCACCAACAUGAUGGCACCAACACGGCUGGCACCAACAGCACCAACACGAUGGCACCAACAGCACCAACACGAUGGCACCAACACGGCUGGCACCAUCAGCACCAACACGAUGGCACCAACAGCACCAACACGAUGGCACCAACUCAGCUGGCACCAACAGCACCAACACGAUGGCACCAACACGGCUGGCACCAACAGCACCAACACGGCUGGCACCAACACGAUGGCACCAACAGCACCAACUCGAUGGCACCAACACGAUGGCACCAACACGUCUGGCAACAACACGAUGGCACCAACACGAUGGCACCAACACGAUGGCACCAACACGAUAGCACCAACACGGCUGGCACCAACAGCACCAACACGAUGGCACCAACACGGCUGGCACCAACAGCACCAACACGAUGGCACCAAAACGAUGGCACCAACACGGUGGCACCAACACGAUGGCACCAACACGAUGGCACCAACACGGCUGGCACCAACAGCACCAACACGAUGGCACCAACACGGUGGCACCAACAGCACCAACACGGUGGCACCAACACGAUGGCACCAACAGCACCAACACGAUGGCACCAACAGCACCAACACGAUGGCACCAACACGAUGGCACCAACAUGAUGGCACCAACACGAUGGCACCAACACGAUGGCACCAACAGCACCAACACGAUGGCACCAACACGACUGGCACCAACAGCACCAACACGAUGGCACCAACUCGGCUGGCACCAACUCUGCUGGCACCACAGAGCUCUGUAAAUACACCAUUCUGUCACAUCCCCAUGGAGCUCCUGAAUUCAAGGACCUUAAAGAUGUUCCAUUAUAUUUGCCGAUGUUAUUUUUAAUUCGAACAGUUGGUCGUUGUUCGUUUCUUUGUGUUGUAUUUUUCACUCCACUGAAUGUUAUUCUUCAAUCAGAGUAGCUAUGCCAGUUUUAUUUCAUGAAUCACUGAAAACUGUGAAUUUUACAAUAACAAAUAUUCUUUAAAAAUAUUGUUUAAAAAAAUGUACUUUUUUUCACUCAUUGUUCACCUAACUUUGGUAAUAUUAAAAGUUGACUUUUUAAAAAUC